AUGCACUUGAUCCACCGCACUUUCCCUCUCUCCCAUAUUCGUGCUUUCUCCCGCUUCAAUUCCUCCUUCAGACCAGUUUACCUCUACCAUACCAUGACCAAAGAGACCACACCACCACCUCAGGAAUCCACGACUAGCACUCACGAACCCCCGUCCCUCCCCGCCUCUCCCCUCGCCAAGCGAACAAAGCCCAACACAACAGAAACCACAAUCACCUCCACCAUGGGCUCCAACGGAACAUCCAUCCCGGGCGCCGCUCCCCCAGCUCAAUCCCUCCUCGUCAAGAAGCUCGCCCCCUCUGCCCGCGCACCAACUCGCGGGUCCGCAUUUGCAGCUGGAUACGACCUCUACGCUGCGAAGGAAGCUGUUAUCCCCGCCAAGGGCAAGGCGCUCGUUGACACUGGGCUGGCAAUUGCUGUUCCCGAGGGAACCUACGGCCGGGUCGCACCCCGCAGCGGUCUUGCCUCAAAACACUUUAUCGAUACCGGCGCCGGCGUGAUCGACGCAGACUACAGAGGCGAGGUCAAGGUCCUGCUCUUCAACUUUUCCGACGUCGAUUUCACGGUCCAGGAGGGGGACCGUGUUGCGCAGUUGGUUUUGGAGAGGAUCUUCACCCCGGAGGUCGUAGUCGUGCAGGAAUUGGCCGAGAGUGUCCGCGGAGCUGGUGGAUUUGGAAGCACGGGUACUAACUAA